CCCAGCCGAGCACAAAAACUUUGGGAAAGUCCUGAUAUCGUUCACGUUACGUCGCUGAGCGCAGCCACAUGCUCUCCCGUGGAUUAUAACGCCUACAUCAUCGGAGAGAAAGUCACCCUGUCUUCAAAGAAAAAAAAGACUGGAAUUGUCUGCUCCUCCGCUGUCAUUGCUGCCUUGCAACUAGACGAGGACAGUUCAACCUUCAGCACUUCACACCCCAGAGACCCAGGACUCAGCUUCUUCCAACACCUCAGACUCAAACUUAGCAGAGAUGGAGGGUCACAUGGUGCGGUUCACCUUGCUUCUGUGCAUCACUGCUGCAGUCUCUGCCUCACAUCAGACAUGUGAUCCUAAGAAGGUUGAAGACAGCCCGUGGAUCUCCAUGAGCGAGAUGCAAAUUGGCUGUUGGAGCAGCUUCAUCAGCGAGGAAAAGACAGAGGUCCACAUCCUCAACCUGAACUUUGCCCCCUCUGACCUCAAAAUGUUCUCGCUGGAGAUGGUUAAUGCCACGGCAAUGAACCUCAUCAUCCUCAUUUCUCCAGGAAGCGCCUACUGUCUAUGCAGAAUCAACGCCAAUGUUAACAUUUACGUAAGCAACGACUCCCAAAUUGUCUUUCAUGGUAAUGAUCAUCCCAACAACAUCCACAAGGAGGAUUUCCCAGCUGAAGGUCAGGAGCUGGUCGAGUGGGCGAAACAGAAGUUUGGGGGUGUGACCUCGUUCACAACAAUCAGAAAUCUUGAAACAGUAACAUCGACAGGAACAGAUGGAACCAAACCUGGCUCUCCGGACUGCAUCCUAAAAAGCGAAAAUGCACUUGAGAAACACUUUAUGAGGAUCACAACAAAGCCUUUGGCCUUCCAAUCUUGCUCCCCACAGACAUCCAGCAAUGAACCUGAGCUCCACAUCAUAAACAUUCCAGAGAAUGGCAACAUUUGUAAUGUAUUUGUUCAUGUGGACAGCAAGAGGACCAGUGUGUUUCUGCGAGGCCCUCAGGGCACCACAUGGACCUUCGUCAACCUACAACACACCCAAUUUGGUUCCAACAAUGUCAUCAUGCUGGCCACCAUGGGACACAAACUCCUGCCAAAUAUUACAGUGAACAAUGACGGUGCAGAGAGCGUACAAAGGGAGGCUUUAAAAUACUUUAAAGCUAAUACUUUCACCAGCUAUACUGAACUCCUGCCGGGGGCCACUCCAAUUUUUCUGGUUCUCGGAAAAGAAGACUCAGUAGUUACAGAAAUACCAGACCAGCAGACGCCAGUCAUUCCCAAUACAACUCAUGCCCCUCAGCAGAUGCCUCUGUUGAUGCAGCUGUACACCUCCCCAGACUACCGUUCUCCCCUGGACCCUAGCACCAAGGUGCAGAGCGACAAGAGGAUUUAUGCAGAGAUUUCAGGGCACCCACUAGGGGAUAUUGCCUUGAACAUCAAGGUGUUCAAGUGCUUUGUGAGCUCCAAGAGCUCCUGCCCUGUAGAGAAAGAGCUGCCCUUCAUACCAGAGCCGUGCUCCUCAAUUUCAUGUCCCAACAGCACCCGACUCAGCUUCUCUUUGGAUCAGCUCCAGGAGCUGACGUCCACCACUUGGGACCUGGAAUGCUCCGUCAAACUCUGCUACAGUGAGAAAUGUGGAGAUGGAGGAAGAGUGAAGAGGAAUCUGGAGGUUACCCAGCCGUGUCUACCACCACCAAGCCAACCCUGCUUUGAUUUUGGCCUACCAGGUGUACUUGGCAUUGCAUUCGGAGGGUUCAUGAUUGGAGUAUUACUUAUUGGUGCACUGUGGUUUAUCAAAAUUAAAACAGGGUACCCAACUGGAUUGGACAUCAACUCAACUGCAGCAAACCUUCCCGGAUGUCCGUGCUCAGGAGCAAAACGACAACCUGUUUCCACCAACCCUUCCCCCUCUGAGAACAGCAGCGCCAACGCGAGCAUUGGAAGUACCCAGAGCACACCGACUAGCAGCAUGGCAUGAGAUUAUUGUAAUCUCCACCACCAGCAGGGCCACCAUCUCCCCUCAAAGUCACCUAUACAGGGUUUGUGCUUUUGUCUUCUAUAGUAAUGCUUAAAAGAAGCAUUUCUCCCUUCCCUGCCCCCCUUCAGAUUCUCAUUAAAAAGCACAACCCAUGUCUUUGACACACCAAGCCUGAAAUGGAUGUGAUCUGGGAGUUUGCAAGGGUGGAUGCGGGUGGGAGGGCGCUGGGUGACGGAUAACAGAAGUCUAAUCAAUGGCUUCUGACGCUCACCUCUGCAGCCUCUCUGUAAAGUCAAGCUCCUAGACAGGAAGUUAAAGAGGGCAAGAGGGAAAAAAAUUGGCUCCCAGUAACAGGAAAAACAAACCAUAUCCCCCAAGAGCUAACAGGAAAUUCACUGCAUUCCUUUCAAUGAAUUGUGCUUGUGUGAUGGUAGCACAAUAAUAGUUAGACAGGAGACAAACCAACCAAAAGAGUGACUUUGAUAAAACAGAUGAAAAGCUUUUUUGCAUUCACAUCUAAGCUACAAAAAUACCCAUGGCCUUUGGCUAGGUCAGUCCAAAAUGUUAUCAACAACCCCUCAGGGUUUGAAAAGGAUCUCAAACCAGUCAAUUAAAUGCCCACUUCAAGGGGUAUUUGUCUUAAUUGGAGUUAGAGGUCGAUGAUUAACAGCUACCUCCUAUUAUUUUGAAGUCUGGAGCUAAGUCUAAGCUUAACACUGGAUUUCUCUGGUGAAUUGAUCUUAUUCUCUUCCUUUUUUCCAUUGUUUUUAUAUUCUUGUGUCACUUGGUGAAUCUUGCAGUUGACUCUCAAAGAUAAAGUGCCAUUUUAAUGCUAUCCAAUAGCUAUAUCAGGGCCUUGUAUCAAGUUUUUUCUCUACAGAGGAAUAUACUUGAUUACCUGAUAACAACAAAAUCAAUACCAAAUCACAUUUAUGACCGAAAGGUAGCAAUACAUUCUUAAGUAUUAUUAAAAAAAGUGCCUUUAUAUAUAUAUCAGCUCAGAAGUAAUCACUCUUGCAAUGUACAGUAGAGCGAGCAGAGACACAUGGCUGUAUUCAGAGCUGAGUAAUGUGCCCCUAAUGAGGAAGCUAGCGCCAUCAGUUUUCAGACGUCAGACUUAAAUAUGGAACCAAGCGCCACUCAUACAGCUACGCCUACAGGGUGGAGUUUCCCCAAAAUAGUCUGUCUGGAGGUGGAAUUCCAGUACUUUUCCUUCUUCCAGAAUCAGUAAUAGGUCCACCACCACUGUCUCACUGUUUGUUGUAACCACAAUCUUCCCCAUCAGCUUCAUAUGUUGUAAUUAGAUUUAUUGCAUUAAAGUGUUUUUAGGCCAGUUUAAUCAUCAAUCAACAUACUUAGAAGCAGCUAUUUAUGGUGUAUGAACCAUACCUCUUCCAAUAAAUAAAGAUGGCCAUAAAGCAAGUAUAAAUAGUCCAACCUGUCUGCUCAUAAUUAACCUCCUUUCAUUCAAAAUGUAGCCAGACACUAGUGUUCUGCUCUAUCUUGUGAUUGAAGAUUAUGUGCCCAGAAGCAACAGAAUAUUUAGACAUUUAAUGAAUGUUAUUGAUCACUGAUGAAUUCAGAGACUUUGCUUUGAUGACAAGCAAUCCUUGAUUCCUGCUGCACCCUGAAGUGUUGCCACCUCCAAGAGACUUGAUUUGUUGCAGGGGUUCUAACAACUGGCCAAAAUAUUCAACCAUGAAAUUAAGAUUUGAUUAGUAUUUCUCACACAGACGGAAAUUAAAGAAGUGAGAUUAAAGGCAAAUGUUUGUUUUAUUAACCAACAGGCAAAAAAACCCCAAGAAGAAAGCACAUUUUUUCACCUUAACUUCCUAUAAAAUUCACCAGCUCUGAAUACAGCUGAUCUGCACUCUUUAAUAUAACCAAUAGCAGCUUAUAGUAGUUGACCACUUUUUGCAUAUGCUGUUUGCAACUAAACACUGGUCAAUCCACUUUCGCUUUACAUGACACAUUAAAAGGGACAGUUCACCCCAAAAUCAAAAAUGCUUAUUUUUCCUCUUAAGUGUAGGCCAAAUGCUGCCGAGUUUGUAACUGAAAAAAACAUUACAGAACUCUGUCCAGAAACUGCAACUACUGAACUACACCUUAUCACUUGCAAAAGGAAGUGUGCAUCUACUCAUGACCUCAUAACAGAAUGGGACAUAAGCAUGAGUAGCGUCCUUCGGCUGAGCUGUAACAUCAGCUAGCUCAGUCAGCUAACCUCUUAUUUGUGAGUAGAUGCACACAUUAUUUUGAGUAAUAGGGUCAUGGUUUGUUGAAAGAGAUGUUGCUGUUGAUUUUGUAGAAUCUAGUUCAACUUUAUGGCCAAUAUCUCCAAAGCUUGGCAAGUCACACCAAAAAAAUGUAGAUGAUAAAUAGUACUACAGGUAAGAGGAAAACUAUGUGUUUAUAAUUGUGGGAUGAACUGAGUUUGUUGUCGAAAUGAUUCACUUCUCCUGUCAACAUUGAAUAGGCUGCAUCAGCCACUGCAGGGCUAACGCUACACAAAGCUGCAUAGAUGCAUAAAGGGGACUUCCAUGAGGGCUACACCUGCAGAGCGACGGUUGAUCCGUGAACCCACUGUUUGUUUCAAUGUACAAAUGUAAAUGUAUUUUAUAUUUUUAUUGCCAAUCUUUUACCUCUUUAAAAAAUAUUCUCUUCACUCGCCAAGUCUCAUGGUGAUUUGUAUCCAUAGCACAUAACUUGCAUUGAUGUUAAAACAUAUAUAUUCACACUCCCGAUAGUUAAUCACCUUCAGAUUUGGAUUGUUCAAAUAAUUUAUUCACCUACGAAUAUAAUCUCAAAAACAUUCUACAUUUGUGAAAUGUGUCCUCAUUGUACGUGAGCCAUGUAGCGUAUUACCCCUCUCUCACUCCCGUGUGUGUGUGCAUUCCGGAUUGUCUUUGUGUAAAUGUGUCGAGACAGAGAACAAAGAGGGCCAGUACAAAUUCCCACUUGAGUAUUUGUGCAAUAUGAUGAGUUAAACUUGUAUUUAAUGUCUAUAUGUAGUUUUUUUACCAUGUUUUUUUUGUAAGUGUUGUAUGAUAUUCUUACUUUGAACCAUUUUUCUUGACCUCUUUUACAUAUAUGGAGAAUUGGGACAAUACCUAAUGAAGGCACUUAUUGAAUGCAUAAGAUUUGAUCUGUAUAGUAAUGAUUGUUUUCAUUCUAGCAUUGUAGCCACAGACAGUACGUGUCACAUCGCAUGUCAAAGACAGUACAUUUGGUUUGUUGGUUUUACCCCAUUUGACAUUUUCCCCUAGAUUCACGCUACUGUCGAAAAACACAGCAUAUCUCAGCCGAUACUGACAUCCUGACAUUGUAUUGUCUAAUUUGUCACCGGAGGGAAGCCUCCCAGUUCAAUAUUCAACAAGCACAAACUUGUUGUUUGCAGCAAAGAUUCCAAAUUAAAACUGUGAAAAUGGUGCAGUUUGUGUGAAUUAAAAAAAGAAAAUGUAAUUUUAGGAAUUGGUGAGAAUAUAACACAUUUCCCUCCCCUCCCCACAUAUCAAGUAUUCUGUACCUUUGUUAUGCCAGCCCUGUUAGAACCAGGUUCUGUCUGAGUGCUGACAGUGAAAUCAGGCAGGCUGUCAGUUAAUUCACUUUGUUAACCCUGCAGAUCCCCUCGCUCUGACAAAAUCCUUCCUCCUCCUCCACAGACACGGCCAAGGAAAUGUGUGUCUGUGUGUGCAUGUACAUAUUAUAUGUACUGCACUUCAUCUGUGUGUAGGUGUACAAUAAAAACUAUGCCUACAUGAGUAGAUUCUCCCUCCAGUCUCUUAAUAAUCUCCAAAUUCAGAAUUUUUACCCCUCACUCUGAAGCCUUAACAACGUGUCAGAGCGUCUGCUUUAUAAAAUGCAGUCUUACUUUUGCGCUGGAUUUGGCAGCCUUUUACCAUUUAAAAUGGGUCUAUUUGUUGAGACUGUACUCAACCGAUGUCAUGUAAGUCUAUGUUGUCUCUGAAGAAAUAUAUGUUUUGUCCGAUAUUAUCUUAAUAAAGUCAAUAUGACAAACA